AUGUCCUCUCCACAACCGCCAGAUCCCACCCCCACAAUAACCAGCUUCGCACAGCACACCAUGGGCCCCUCUCUCCAACGCUACCUCGACAUAAAAGUGCACCACCUCGUGCCUUCCCAACCCUGGACUGAAAUAGAAGUCGUAGGCCACCACAUCCGUUCUGCCCCAGCCAUCAUCUACAACGGCGAAAAAACCGACAAAUCAUUCAACUAUCAACGACCCACCGCCACGAUCCUGGGAGAGGGAAAACUGCGCAUCAAUUGUUUCCCAGGACGAGAUUAUGUAAAACAUUAUGCUAAUAUCGUAGCGACGCACUUAGCAAUCGAGGGGAAAGAUCCUGGGAUCGUGAAAAUUAAAUUCCCCCUAGAAAACGCAGGGUAUGAAGAAUUCAUGAACUCGAAUCUGAGGGGUUUAGCGGGGGAUAAAACGAAUUUGGUGAUAGUAGGAUCGCUCCCGAGAGAUAUAUUGCGAUCAUCCGAACCGUGGAAAGAUGAAGAGAAUGAGGAUGAAUCAUUUUCGUGGCAAACGGUUACGAAGAAACAUGGAUUGAAAGUUACGAUCUUGAAAUGUCGAACGAGUUUCUGGGGAGAUUUAGCGGGGGAUCUCGUGAGAUGUUUGGAGAAAAUCUGUGGGGGUACGCUGCAAUACGUGGUUUAUGUUGGGAAACUGGGCGUGUUGAAACAGGAAUACACGCCUAAUAGGACGUUAGCGACGGGCUCGAUGAGUUUCGUCAAUGGGGAAUUUGUCGAGUGGGAAAAUCCGAUGAGUGAGAAGAUUCUGGGGAAUGUAGCGAGAGGAACACAUUAUACGUCGGCGUCGGUGUUGGAUGAAGAUCAUGCGUGGUUUAAAAAGGCAAACAGGGAGUUUUGUUGGGUGGACCCGGAGAUUGGUCAUAUGGCUUUGGCGGCGAGGGAGAGGGGAGUGAGGUUUGGGUUUUUGCAUAUGGUGUCGAAUAAUCUGGCGGGGGGGUACGAGUUUGAUUUGGCGAAUGAGAGGGAGAGGGGGGUGGUUGAGGAUAGAGUGGUGUUGAGUGGGUGGAUUGAGAAGAUUUUGAAUGGGUUUGUUGUUGAGUUGGAUGGGAAACUGGGGGAAAAGGCCUAA